AUGAUGCGAUUUUUCGCCGACCCAGAUCUUUCGCACAGAACAUCGCGUGAAGCAAUCGCAGGGAGCUUCCCGGGGGAGAAGCGUGCUGUGCUGGGCGACAAACAGAUCAUCCAAGCAGCUUCGCUGCAAACCGUAGAGCUUGAGCGCGCGGAAAACCAACUGCGCAAACAGUGGCAAAGGGGGAUCUCGGGGGGAGACAAGGCGGAGAAACGAACCCGCGGAACCAGCGGCGGAGGGGGAAGCCGCCAUGGCAGGACUGGGAGCGGCGGGGACGGCGCGGGGGAAGUGGGGGGAGGGGGGACGGGAAGAAAGGCAGGCCAUCCGAUUAACGGCAUGCUGCGGCCUGUUCAGGGCGGCGAUUUCUUGGACGUGGCGCUCCUUGCAGGGCUGGCGACCCGGGCUAGGCGGGAGGCAGCCAGGCUACAGGAGGAGAUGACACGUGUCCUCCGUGACGUGGAGAAAGCGCGCGAAGAGAGCGCGCGCAUGGGGGAACGCGCCGCCGCGGCGCUCGAAGACGCAGCGGACGCGAUAGAAGCAGCGGCUAGGGUUGCGAUUCGGAAUGGCGGGAAGAAGGGGCGGUCCGGGGGAGGCGACGCGGGAGGGAAGGGGGGGACAGGGGGAGCGCGGGCGACGGAAAUGGCUUUAGGCGGGUGGUGGGGGGAUGGAGGAGUAAGGUUGAUUAAGGUUAAAGUGCCGGAUCGACACGCCGGGGGGUGUCUGGAUGAAAAGAGAGGCUCGGGGAAAGGUAUAAAGCUGUAUGUUGCGCAAUCCGACGCGGAAGAUGCGGGAGAGGCGGAGUUAGUUGGGGAGGAUGACGUGUCGGACGAUGGCUGGGCCGCGCUUUCGCUCGAUGGCGACUCGGGGAGUGAAGGUAAGGGGGAUAUAUUGGGGACUAAGAGAUUAAAGUCGCGAGUGUUAGGGUUGUAUGGCAUGCGCCCUGGCGAUGAGCGCGGAGGGGCGGUGCAAUACGGCUCGGAUGGUGAGGGAAUGGAGGAGGAAGAGGAGGAGGAAAACGAUGGGUUAUUCGAAGGAGAAGACGAGGAAGAGGAAGAGGAGGAGGAAGAGGAGGAGGAAGAAGAGGAGGAGGAGGAAGAUAGGGAGACGAGAUUCCACGGGCGGCAAAUGUCGGCGCCACCUGCCGAGCUGCUGGAGAUGAGCGGCGGGCUGGGCGGCGGCGGAGGGUUCGGAGGACUGGCUGCCGCCCAGUUAGUUGCAAUGAAACGGUUGGAAGCGGCUAAGAACUUAGGGUUGCUACCCAAUGCAGGUGGGGCUGAGGAGGGGGCGGGCAGUGCUGCUGCUGCUGGUUCUGCUGGGGGAGGUGGUGGUGGGGAGGUGAGAUCUGGGGGCGGUGCUUCUCCUGGGAGGGAUUCGAGCCCGAGAGGGGGUGUGAGGGGGGGAGGAGGGAAUGUGGUCCCGUGGCUGCCGGCCACCGACCCUGAGCUGGCGAACCUGCCAAUUCGGAGGUUUGGCUCGGGGCUGCCGGGCCGCGGGGCAGGUUCGGUGGUGAUGAGUGAAGCGGAGCUGACUGCGUUUGUGAAAGAGACUCCUCCCAGUGGCCUCGGGAGGACCCUUAGUGGGAUGGCGGGAUUGGCUGGUCGCACUGGGGGUGGGGGUGGUGCUGCUGGUGCUGGCGGUGGUGCUGGCGAUGGUGGUGGUGGGGGUGGUAUUGGUUCUAGUCCUCUUGGAGGGGGGACAGGUGGGAAUUACCCUAGCAACAACAGUGGCGGUAGCAGUGGUGGCGGUGGUGGUGGUACGAAUAUUCACAGCCUAGGCGAAGGGGUGCCUCGUCUCAUGUCUUCCAUUCUUAUGGAGGAAGGCGGGGCUUCUGCUGCUGCUGCCAGGGCUGGUAGUCCUCUGGGUGGCAGUCCCCUUGGGAUCACUCGCACCGCAUCACUUUCGCCGCCCAAUUCUGGGGUCGGGGGAGGGAGGAUACUUCCUCCUCAUUUCCUCAGGUUGACUCUGGGCCGGGUUGGUGAUGCAGCAGGGGAGGGAGGAGGAGGGGGAGGGGGAGGGGGAGGGGGAGGGGGAGGGGGAGGGGGAGGGGGAGGAGCGGGAGCAGCAGGAGGAGCUGGAGGGUCAGGAGGAGGGGCGGGAGGAGGGGGAGGAGGGGGGGGAGGAGCAUGGGCAGGAGGAUGGGAAGGGAUCGUAGCUCAUAGAAAGACCGGCAGCUUAUCCCUCCUCUCCCGAACCAGCUCCGCCGCACCCAGCUUCGGCACAGCCUCACCAGCCGGAGGCUCGGCAGCAGGCUCGGCAGCAAAUUCCCCUCUAGGAAGCGUGUCCUCCGGAUUUAGCCUAAGUCCCGGCCUAGCCACUCCCCCCUCUCCAGCAUCCUCGUCCGAAGCCCCGUCCCCAGUCCCUCACUCUCCUCUCGCUCCUCUCUCCCCACUCUCCCCUCUCUCUCCUCUCCCCUCCUCCGUCCUCUCCCUCUCGCCGCUCUCUCCCCUCUCUCCCCCCGCCCGUACUCUCUCCUUUGGGGGGUUUUUCCCUGGGGAUAAUGGCCCUGGUGGUGGUGCCAACGCUGCUGCUGCUAAUGCCAGCACUGGUACUGAGCGGGAUGAGCAUACUGCAGGUGCUGGCGCUGGUGGUGGUGGUGGUGGCGGUGGUGGUGCUGGUGGUGCUGGUGGUGGUGGGUUUGGAGGGGGUAGUGACAGUAAAUCUGGUACAGGUGCUGGUGGUGCUUCUAGUGCAGGAGGGAUUGGGGGAGGUGGUUUGAGGGAGCAAGAAGGAGUUAUGGGUUACGGUAUCGGCGGCAGUACGGUUACAUCUGACGAUGGCAGCAGCAGCGGUUACAUCUCCGCAGGUACGCGCGGUGGCGGUUAUGUGUCAUCUGGCGGAGCGGGCGGCGGUUACAUUUCAUCUGGUAACACCGGGGGCGGUGGUUACAUGUCAUAUGGCGGCGGCAUGGGCGGCGGGGUGGGCGGCGGUGGGGGCGGCGGUUACAUCUCCGCAUCAGACGACGAAAGUGUUCACGGGCGGUUGGACAGGUGGCGGGAAAAGGGACUCGAUACAAACACAGAGGGCGAAACAACAGAGGGAGACUAUGACACUGAGAGAGAGGAGAGGGAGGAGGCGAAGAGGAGGGAGAGGCAGGAGAGGUUAUGGCGUCUGGAGAAGAAGGUUGAGGUGGAGGAGUAUGAUACGGACCAGGAGUUGGAGCUUCGGCGGGAGGAACGGCAGCUGGCUCGGCAGCAGGCUCGGGAGAAGAGGUUAGGGUUGGCAGCAGAGAUGAUGAAGGCGGAGAUUGAGAAGGCGGCAGCUUCGAUGGGAGGUUUGGGGGGAGUCAUGGGAGGAGGUAUGGGAGGAGGUGUGGGAGGAGGUAUGGGAGGAGGUAUGGGGGGAGGUAUGGGUGGGAGUGGCAUGGGCAUGGGCAUGGGGUUGGGAAUGGGGAGGGAGGGUGAGGGGGACCGAUUUAUGAGGGGGAAUGAAGCGACAGACACGCGUGAGCAUGAGCAUGGGCACGAGCAUGCCUCAUCGCACGUCCGGCGACUUUCGGGAGGUACUGGUGGGGGGGCGGUAGCAGCAGCAGCAGGAGGCUUGGCAGCAGGAACGGCUGGCGGUUUGGGGAGUCAAAUAAGCCUCGGGCUAGGGCUGGGGGACAGUAUCGCUGCUGGUGCUUCUCUGGGUGGUGCUUCUAAUGGUCGUGCUUCUACCACGCCCUCUUUAAUAGCACACGGACCCCUGGGCAGUCCAUUAGGAGGAAGCCCCUUCCACAGCCCCCUAGGGAGUCCCCGGGGGGGAAGUCCCCUUGGGGGAAGCCCCCUGGGGGGGAGCCCCUUAGGGGGAAGCCCCCUAGGCGGAAGCCCCCUAGGCAGCCCUCUCAGCAGCCCCUUGGGUAGUCCCCUCAGUACAGGCAGCGGUGGCGGGUUCGGCGGGUUUGGCACGGGCCUGCUCCGAGGCUUGGGAAACAGCUUCGGUGGGGAGAUGGCUGUAGGUUCGGGGUAUGGGCGGCGGAGGAGGCACAGGAGGGGGUCAACGCUGGGGGAAUUGACUGAGACGGAGUGGGAGGGGACGGAUAGUGAGUGGGAGGAGGGGAUGGAAGAGCGAUUGGCGAGGAUUCAGAGGGAGGAGAGGGAGAAGAGAGAGAGGGAUGCCGCUGCUGCAGCGGCGGCGGCGGCGGCGGCGGCGGCAGCUGCUUUGGCGGUUGGGGAAGGAGGGAGAGGGAGAGGGAGAGGGGGGGAUGGAGGAGGUCCGGGAGGGAGAGAGGUGGUGAGUAGUGAGGAGGACGGAUUGAGGCGGUUCGGAGGGCCGCUGGGAGGUUCGGCAGAGAACCUGGCUGGUUUGGGAGGAGGCUCAGGAGGAGGUUUGCCAGGAGGUCCGGGGGGACGCUCGGCAGGGAACCUGGCUGGUGACAGUGCGGAGAGUGCUUAUAGAGAGGCGGCUUCUAACGAGUAUUCUAGGGGAGGGAAUGCAGCUCUAUCCCCCACUUCCCCUCCCGGCCAAUCACAGUCGUCCGUUCUGGGUUUUCCCUCUAAGGUCACUUCAGAACAGGAUUUAUUGAAGAAGAGGCUGAAUCCGCUGCGAGUGUGGUUAGCGGAGCAGACUAUAGAGAGUACGGUAGCUGGUGCUAAGAGCCCGGAGCGUGACAGAAAGCAGGAGGAUUUAAGUGCUGGUGGGAAGAGUUUAAGUAUUGGUGGGGGAAGUGGCUUUGGGAGGGAAGGACAGGGGGGGUCAGAGGGAGGGGGAGGCGGAGGGGGAGGGGGAGAGGGAGGGGGAAGCGGAGGGGGAGGGGGAGGGGGGGCAGCAGGAGGGGAAAAAGGGGGAUUAGGGGGGUUGGGCAGUGGGCUAGCGGGGUUGGCUAGUCUGCAAGGGUUGUUAGGUGGAGGAGGGGGUGGAGGAAAUGGGAUGGGGGGUGGGAUGAAUGGGGGAUUCGAAAGGGAAGUGGGAGGAAGAAUGGUAGGGCGCGGAGCAGGAGGAGGAGGAGCGGGAUUGGGGGGAGAAGGAGUGGGGGGAGGUGGUGGGGGUGUGGGAGGAGGAGGGGGAGGAGGAGGAGCGGGGGGGGGAGGAGGAGCGGGGGGAGGAGGAGGAGGGGGAGGAGGAGCAGGGGGGUUAGGCGGCUUGGGCAGGGGCUUGGCAGGGCUAGCGAGCUUGCAAGGACUACUGGGUGGGGGUACAGCAGGAGUUGGGGGGGGAGGGGGGGAGCGUGUGGGGGCAAUGGGGGGCCAGUUGGGGGGGGAGAGGGGGCGUGCAAUGAACUCGUUGCAGCAGCAGCAGCUGUUGCAAGCGUCAACAGACCAAGCUCUUGCCCGAUUUGAGCGGCUGGCUGCUGCUGCUGGUUCUUCUGGUGAUGCUGCUGCUGGUGCAUCUUCUACAAGUGCAAUGCAGGGACAGGGGGAGCAGCAGCAGCAGCAGCAGCAGCAGCAGCAGCAACGGCUGCUGCAGGCGUCUACAGACGAAGCCCUUGCCCGUUUUGAACGGCUCGCUGCUGCUGGUGGUGGUGCUGGUGGUGGUUCUGGUGGUGCGUCUGCUGCCUCCGCAGCAGCAGCUGGAGGAGAAGGAGCAGGAGCAGCAGGGCGGGGCAACAGAGAGGGACCGGGAGGGGUAGGAGCAGCAGCAGGGGAAUCUGGAGGUAUGGGUGGGAGGAGAAGCCCUGCAGCGCCCCCUCCCCCCUUGCAGCAACCUGCCCCUCUUCCCGGCCCUCCCUCUCCUGGUGCUGCUGGAAGGGAGAUGGGGAGUGGUAACAGGGAAGGUGCGAAUCCCAGUGACAGAGGUAGAGGAGGGGGUAUGGGACAGAGCAGAGGAGGAGGAGGAGGAGACGGAGGAAGAGGAGGAAGUGGAGGAGGAGGGGGAGGAGGGGUGGGGAUGAAUGGGAGGGGAGGGGAGGGGCAGUUGGGUAGCCCUGCCAGUAGCACCUCUAGCCGUGGGAGUGUUGGGGGGAGGGGAGGGGGGGGAGGAGAAGGGGGAGGAGAUGGGCGGAGGGGAGGGGGCGGAAGGGGAGAGGGGGGCGGAAGAGGUGGGGGAAGGGGAGUAGGAAGUGGAGGGAGAGAUGGAGUGGGGAGGGGAGGUGGUGGGAGAGGGGGAGGGGGUGGGAGAGGAGGGGAAGGAGCAAGAGGGGGAGGAGGAGGACGGGGUGGAGGGGGGUUGGGGGAAGGGGGAGGAAGAGGGGCAGGGGGAGCAGGUGGAGCGGCAGGUGGGGGACGCGGAGGGGGAGGUGGGGGGGGCAGGGGGCAAGCAGCAGGGGGACGAGGCACGUCCGACAGAGGGAGGCUGGAAGCAGGGGUUGGCUUGACAGGGGGAAACAGCACAGCCCACCACAAGUCCCUUCGCCGCCUGGAAGUUCGUCGACCAACACGAGAAACCCUCGGGCAAAAAUAA